AUGUGUCAAAAAAGGUGUUCCUCCAACGCCAACAAGCACCCGCUCUCUAGAGCCCGCAAGGCCCAGACCUUGCUCUCUAUGAUUUCGUGGCCAUGCGCCCUGGCUGCUAUAUUCACAACCCACGGAAGCCCUGAGUCCUGGGUCCAACUUAUCGCGGCAUCGCCUGUAUUCAUGCUUUACAGAUAUCACCGAUCCACAAGCCAAUCCUACGCGCCCCUCGAAAUUGCCAUCGAUGCCUUCCUUACAUUGCUUUUGCUUGGAAUAUAUGUUGCGGGCGUUGUGAUUCUUGCUUCCCGUGAAAUAUCAAAUUGGUCAACCUACUACAACUAUAAGCUGGCCCGUGGUAUUCCACAGAUCUACUCAAACCUCUCAUGCAUCCUCAUCUGUCUGUUAUAUUUCCGCUCUUUCGCUCAAGGAUUCUACCAUCAGUGCAUCAAGGGACGGCUAGCGGCCCGCCGAGGUACCACAUACGUUCUUUGCCCAUCUUGUGACCGGUCCUCGUAUGCUCCUGUUUGCCAUAGCGAGGAUAUGCCAUCCACACAGCAGGACAGACCCUCUAUCUCGGCUGAUGAUAUCCAGGGAUUGUACACCGACGAUGUGGAGUCCCAGCCGUUGAUGCGUGAGAACUCCAUGAGUGUGGAGGGAAAACAGAUCACUGGGAUCGUGAUCAAGGACUAA